UCACACCAUUGAGGACACGGAAAUCAAGUGGUGACGAGGUGUCAUGAUGGCUCGGGGGGUCAGGUCAUCGUCAGGUCAGAGGUCACUAAUGGUGGUAGUGACUCUGGGCCUCCUCCACCUAUUGAGGACGGUGAUGAGCUACUCUUCAGGUGUUGGAGCGGCCACAGGACCACUCCAGGAUUCUGACGUCUUCUCGCAGUCACAGUUCUCCACAAGACCUCUAGGUUUCCUGCGGUCUCAAGCUGUGCGGGCCAAUAAGCUGGUUGGGUCUUCAGGAGGAGGGAUGAGGUGUGAGAUAGGGUCAGACCUGGUGGCCGCCGUGAUUGACAUGAUAAAUACUAUCACACCUACACACCUACACCUUGUAACCCAGCAUGACCCAGAGAGCUGCCUGGUGGAGGGGCUGUGGGAGAAGGGUGUCGGGGUGGCGGUGAUGGGGUACACACACUGGUGGGGCCUCCUGCAGCAGUCGUCUUACCUCUUACCCUCCCAACACAUCCUGGUGGGCGACAUUUACUGGAUCUCAACUAUUAUGGUGCAGGUGAAGCCGCUCUACAACUCGGGAAAAAUUAAUUCUAUGAGAACUCGUUGGAUGUGGGUGUCAACCAGCCUCCCGACGACCCCAGAAUCAUUACCUGCUGCCUCCUCCUUCCCCGUGAUCACCGCCCCCUUAAACCUGGCCUCAGAUAUCCCCGACAGGCAUAGCAUCAGGGUAGUUCCUUCUUCUUCUUCUUCUUCCUCUCCUUCAUCUCCUCCUGCUGGUGCUGCCUUCAUCUCUAGCAGAACCAAAACAUCAGAGUCACAACCCUUCAACGCUGAGAAAAUUAUCACGAGGCACCAUAACUCCAUCUUGUCUAGCACCGCCCCCAUGUCCCAGUCCUUCCUUCACGCCCUCGAUGUGGUGUCAGACGCGCUGCAGGAGGGUAUGAGGGGAGUCCUGCUGGCUGACCUACACCAACAGUCAACAUCCUCAGCUGGUAAUGUUUCCCUGUCAGCUCAUGUUGGACGUAAACAACGAACAACAACAAUAACCCCGUGGGUGGCGGUGGGCGGGGUGGAGGCUCCAGGAGACGGAUCGUGGCGGCUGGUAGUGGCGGCCUCGUGGACUAACCAACACCUAGACACCUACAGACCACUGUGGCCGCCCCUCUCCUACAACCUGCACCAGAGGGUCGUUCGGCUCACCUGUACUCAGAAACCGACGGUGUUUGAGUUCGCUGACAAUGCAACUAGGCUGGCUGACGCUCGUGGGUACGCUGCUGACCUCCUUCGGCUGAUCCAGAAGCGGCUGAAUUUCUCUGAUGUCAUCCUGCCUGUCGUCGGCUUCGGCUCUAUCAUCGAGAACGGCUCCUGGAAUGGAAUGAUCGGCGUCCUGUCUAGACAAGAGGCGGACAUGGGCCCUCUGGACUUCAGCCCGGAUGCCCAGAGGUCGCAGGUGGUGGAGUUCGGUGAGCCCUACAGCAUGGACGGCGUGGUGAUCCUGUGUGAGGCGCCCUCCAUCCUCGUCAGGCCCUUCCUCCUCCUCAACAUCUUCUCCCCGCUGGUGUGGGCGUGUCUGGUGGGUGUGGCGAUGGCUGCGGGUGUGUUCGUGGGCGGUGUAGUGGUGGCUGAGGCUCGGUUGUUGGGCAGUUGGGCGGGAGGAGGCAGGAGUGUGGGUGGCGACCGUGUGGGCGGCCCCCAACCAGUCAAAUGUUUCACCUCCGUCUUCAAAAUUUUCCUCUACCAAAGUAGCAGGUGUUGGCCACGUAACCCCAGUGGGCGGGUGGUGAGCGCUGUGGUCAUGUUGGUGGCACUGGUGGUGGGGUCAUUGUACAGUGGCUUCAUCACUGCCUUCCUCGCUAUCCCCUUCAGGUCAGUUCCAGUCAACUCAGCAGAAGACCUGGUACAGAGGGACAUGACUCCAGUCUUCAGGGCCAAAACCACCGUCUAUAACUUCAUUUUAAAGCAGAAGGGAGGUGUCCUUGGCCAACUGAAGGCGAGGAUGAAGACGGUGGAAUCAGAAGUCCUCACCACCUGGCAGUUCCUGAGUAAGGUGGCUGAUGGUACCUACGCUCUCCUAGAUACGUACAGCUCAGCGGUGGGUCGGGCACAGAAGUAUGAGAGGCGUGGCGAGCAGUGUAAGUACCACCUUGCUCGCCACUUGGUCAGGGUCGACUUUGACACCUUCGCCUUCGCCCGCAACAGUUUCCUUAUACACCAGUUCGACGAGAUCAUGCGUCGUCUACGUCACGGUGGUAUUAUCGGUCACAUGCAGAAACAGUAUUACCAGCUGCCCUGUGAGAGCGUCCAGCGACAAGUGGGACCCGAACCUAUGUCCCUGGCUCAGGUCCAGGGAGCAUUCUACGUGUUGGGUACCGGCGUUAUCUUGGCCACCUCCACCCUACUGACGGAGAUAGUGGUGCACGCUUGCUGCAGGAAGUCCACCGCCCAUCACUUGUCUGGUCUCCUCCCCGGGUCGUCUCCCUGGGUACCGAGUUUUGGUCACCUCGACGAGAAUUAAAGAAAACGGUUUACUCGUUUCACCUGGAUACCUAUUUUCUAUCUUUAAUUAAUUUACCUUCGACAAGGGAAGGAAACCGGUGGCUGGUUUAUUCCUCUCAUUUGUACUGAUGAGUUGUUUCCUUGUCCAGUGUUAGUACAGGAGGAAACUACAGUACCUGGAGGAAACCUGCCAUGUUUGUGGUAAUGUCACACUGGGUAUCGGAGCGGGAAUCGAACCCUGGACAUACUGUUAAGAAAUACGCAUGUUAUCACUGUACAGUACCACUAACAACUAUGUAUGAAUGUACGCGUAUGUAUGUAUAAUUUUCCUCAAUUGAAAACGUUAUCAGAUUAAAAGUGACUGGAGUCAUGACCUUCCUCAAGCUCCUCUGGAUACUGUUAUAGUGAUCAUAUAUCACCGUCGAUACAAUAACAGUGUAUAGUGUUAUUUUAUAUAUUAUCAAUACACUUAAAACGUUCCUUAUAUGUCCGUAUAAAUGGAGUACAAGAACUAAGUGGUGGCUAGUCCCAGACCUCCUCACUUGGGUGCACAAUAACAACAUUCACAGGAAAACAAACUUUAAAAUACGUUGGAUUAUCAUUUGCAACAUUGAUGAACACACACACACACACACACACACGCACACACGUUUUUUCUGGUGAAUAAAUAUCUUUCAAAAUUACA